GCCUGUGCUCCACUCACUAUAUUAAUUAUGAGAUUAUCGUCAUCUCCAUCAAUAUCACCUUCAUUCUCUUUUAAGUUGUGAAUUAUCAAUUGUUUUGAUGGAAUCAUCAACUUCAUUUUCGAGUUCAAUCUCACGACAUGUAUUGUCUGAAACAUAUUCCAUCUGAAAGAGCUUAUUCAUAACAGAAUUCAUCAUAUUGAGUUCUUCCCCAUCCAUCCCGGCACCCUGUUCUUCCAUAGUAGGAAUGUGUCUGUGUUUAGGUGGAGGAGGACCAGAGUGUCCUUCACAAUCACGGAAAUGUUUGGGAAGAGGAGGUGCUUCAACACGUCAGAAACUGUAUCUGUGUUUGCCAGUUCCUUAAAAGGUAUUGAUUUCAACCGCACCACAGAGAGACGUUUACAUGCAUAAGCCAAUAUUUAUAUAGCUGGAGACUGACAUAUGCAAGAGUGACGAUGAUAAUACCAGUGCUCCACCUUUCCUAAUCUGGGGAAGAAGAGGCGAAGUUGAUUAUUUUCUGAAAGGGGCUGUUUGCUGGUGGGCUUUCCAGAAAUGGGCUGUUUCUUGUUGGUGGGAUCAUCUUGAGCAUGAUCAUGAUUAGGAGUGCUCUUGAUAAAGAUAAUGCUCUUCGGCCUUCUCAAGCCUAAGCUUUCCACCCUUCCACACACACCCAUUAUACUGCACAUCUCAUCACUUCAUCUUCUUCCUCUUUCUCUCUUCCCUGUUUUGUUUACUAGUCAGUAGCCUCCAUCCCCAGUCCCAGUCCCAGUAUAAUAGUAUAACUUUGAUUGAUGGUGGGCUCUUGUUUAACAUGAGUGGGCUAGCAUGGCCCAACCCAACUCUCUCUCUCUCUCUCUCUCUCUCUGGUAUUAAAAAUCGGGAGGGAGGGAGGCAGAGCAGAGCAGAGCUAAAAGCAAAGUAAUAAUAAAUAAACGCCAUUUUCAUUCAAUUCAGAGAGAAACAGGAAUAACAAUGUAUAAGAAGAAGGAACCUUGUAGGAAUUUUCAGCGUGGCAGCUGUCAGUAUGGUGAUAGAUGCAAAUUUCUUCAUGUCACUCCUCAGCAACCCCCCAAAUCCAGCAAUAAUCCCUUUGGAUUUGGCAAUCAGCAAACACCCAAUAACAACAAUAAUAACUCUUUUGGAUUUGGCAAUCGACAGCAACAGCAAAGACCCAACAGUCCUUUUGGGUCUGCCCCUAAUAAUUCUGCUAAUAACAGACCUCAACAGUUCAAGCCUUUUGAGAAUAAAUGGUCCCGUGGUGCCUCUGCCCCUUCAUCGCGUCAACGACCUGACAGUCAGCCUGCCAAUCAUAAUUGCGCGGAUCCUGAUUCGUGUAAACGUCUCAUUGCUGAAGAUUUUGAGCAUGAGAGACCGCUUUGGAAGCUUACAUGCUAUGGUCAUUUGAGAGAUGGCCCUUGUGACAUUAUUGGUGAUGUUAGUUACGAAGAAUUGCGAGCUGCAGCAUAUGAUGAUUAUAAGCGUGGGUUGAGCUUGCAAUCAAUUGUUGAAAAGGAGAGAAAUUUACUCAAUUCGAAGUUGAUCGAGUUCAAUAACCUUCUCCAUAAUCCCAGUAUAGCUCCCUCAAAGCCUGCUCCUGCUGGUCAGAGUCCAUUCUUCGGAGCCACUGCCAAUGCAACUCCAGCUGCUGCUCAAAAUACUGCCCCUCCAUCAGUUUCCAGUUUUGGUCAACUGGGGACUUCUCUUAAUAUGAGGUCUGCUACACCAUCAAAUAAUGCCUUUGGGCAACCAAGUCAGCCUUUGACUGCAUUUGGAGUAAGCCCCUCUGCACCAUCAAACAAUGUCUUUGGGCAAUCAAAUCUUCCUUCAAAUUCUAGUCAGACUGUGAGUGCAUUUGGGACAAAUAAUUUUCUCUCUGCAAACGCCUCAAAUUCUAGCCAGACUUCAAGUGCAUUUGGAACAACCAGUUUUCCAUCCAUAAAUGCCGGCCUGCUUGGCAGCCAACUUCCUAAUCAGGCACUUGGAAAUUCCUUCUCCCCCAAUAUAGCAGGCUUUGGCAACAGUGGUGUAAACAGCAUUCAAAAUAUUUCUUCUUCUCCGUUGUCAAUGCAAAACCCAUCAAUCCACCCUCUUAGCAUUUCCAACGGGCUCAAUUCAGCUUUUAAUGCAGCAGGCCAAGCUACUACAAAUGUUCAGCCAGUAACUAUGGUGCAAAGGGAGACUGUUUCUGGGGAUGCAAGCAUCUGGUUGAAGGAAAAAUGGAUUCCUGGAGAGAUUCCAGAAGAAGCACCUCCUGAAGAGUAUGUCUUCUAGAAAAUAUUUUGCUGUUGACCGACGAGCUGUAGAAGCGCAUUGCUGAUACUUGAACGAGAGGGAUGGAUAGCCAGUCUUUGGCAACAAAAAAAAGAAGAGAAAAAAAAGGUGCAUUCUGCAGCAGUUUUCCAACCUUAUUUAUUUUUUUGAAGUAUUGCUGUAGGAACAUAUUUUUGGACAUAAAAGAAGGAAAUGUGAUUGUUGCCGGAAUUUGUGUUCUCGUAAAGAAAUGUGGUUUCACUGGCUGGGACAGCUGAAUCCUGGUAUAUAGAGCAAUGCAAGCUUUUACCAUGGUACUGGAUGCCUUCCCGAGAAGGGGCAUGUCUAAUAGAAUUAUGUUUUUUUCUUUUCUCUUUGUGUAAAUCAAAAGGGUUAUUGCGGUCACGGACUCAAAAAUGCCUUUACAGCCAAUAAUAUUGAAUUUGUAAA